AUGAUAUAAAAGUUUAAAUAUUACAACAAAUUAGAAGAAUUUUUAAACUCUUCACUUUAAUCUCAUUAGGAUCUCCAUAUUAAUCUGAGUUACAAUUCAAUUGCUGCAAUUGGUGCAUCAAACUUAAGUUUUGCUUUAGCAAAUUGCACUAAUCUCUCAAAUUUGACACUUUCUCUUAGUUAUAAUUAAAUUGGUGCAAUAGGUGCAUCAAGCUUAGGUUCUGCUUUAGUAAAUUUAACUAAUCUUUCAAAGUUGGUACUUGAACUUUAAGGUAAUUAAAUCUGGGCAAAUGGUGCAUCAAGCUUAGGUUCUGCGUUAGCAAAUAGCAUUAAUCUCUAAAUUUUGACGCUUAAACUUUAGAACAAUUAAAUCGGGGCAAUUGGUGCAUCAAGCUUAUGUUCUGGUUUAGCUAAUUGCACUAAUCUCUCAAAUUUGACACUCGAACUAUAUGACAAUUAAAUUGGUGAUGAAGGUACAUCAAGCAUAGGUUCAGCAUUAGCAAAUUUUACUAAUCUCUCAAAUUUGGCACUUUAUCUUAGUAAUAGUUAAAUUUGUGAUUUUGGCGCAUCAAACUUAGGUUCUGGUUUAGGAAAGUGCACUAAUCUCUUAAAUUUGAAACUUGGACUUUCUUGCAAUAAAAUUGGUGAUGAAGGUAUCUUAAGUUUAGGUUCUGCUUUUGCAAAUUUAACUAAUCUAUAAAAUUUGAUAUUUGGACUUUAAUUUACUCCGUUUAGUGAUAAAUGUGCACUAGGAUUAGGUUUUGCUUUAGCAAACUGCAUUAAUCUCACAAUUUUGACACUCAAUCUUAAUGGAAAUUAAAUUGGUGAUGAAGGAAUAUCAAGCUUCGUAUCUGCUUUAGCAAAUAGUGUUAAUCUCUCAAAUUUAACACUUGAACUUUAUUCUAAUUAAAUUGGUGAUAAAGGAGCAUCAGGCUUAGGUUUUUCUUUAGUAAAUUUCAUUAAGCUCUCAAAUUUAGCACUUUAUCUUGAAAAUAAUUAAAUUGGUGCAAAUGGUGCAUCAAGCUUAGGUCUUUCUUUAGCAAAUUGUACUAACCUCUCAGAUUUGAAUCUUAAUCUUUUAAAAAACUAAAUCAAUGAAUAAUAAUAAUAAUUGAAAUUUAAAAGCAAAUGUCUCAAAUCUAAAAGAUUAGUUGUCUUUGAAAUAAUUAUCUGA